AUACCAAGAAAUUAGUGGAAUGGCAUCAGCAAAGGACUGCGAUCUCUAAGCCUUUUCAGUGAACGUUAACAUUUCUUUUCUGGCUGUGUUGAUGCAAGCUAGUGGGGAGGGCACAUUCGUAUGAUGAAGGCAAGAAAACCGAAGAUGGGACAGACAUGUCUCCUGACAGCUAUGUCUACAACUACGUGGACAAAGAUGACAUCAAGCUACCUCCACAAUCAUCUAACACAGCCAGUUCAGACCACACGUUCCCCAAAACUACAGACAGUAUUCCUGGAGUUGAUGACAAUGGGCUGUAUGUACCUGGUGCCUUACGACAAGAUACCAGCGAUAGUACAAACAUCUCCAGACUUUUUACAACCUGCAAGAUGGUGUUUCAUCGGAUCAGCCCGUUCAUCAUCUUGGCCGUUGCAGGGUUGGCCUUCUUAAGUACAGGAGCUGGUAUCAUCAUGUAUCUCACGGAAACACCGGAAAUGUCAGCUCAAAUCAACAUGCCCUUUGGGAUGGCUGCGACAGGCAAUUGGACAACUGCUGUGCCAAUGAAUAUCAACAUGGCUGCAACUUUCCUACCAGUCAAUAUGACACAGCCAGCCUUUGUGUCUGCAACUAGACAGUUUCAGGAAACUGGCAUGUUUCCACCAUUGACUGGAAUGGCAACAACGUCAGAAUAUAUGCCACUAUCUGCAGGUCAAACCUCCAGUCACGAUAUUGUACAAACAACAAAUCUGUCAGAAGAGACAACCACUCAAGGGCUGCCACCUGUGACAACUAUUCUGCAGCAAGUGGCAACUAAACCAUCAAAGGGGACAAGCACACUGCCAGAAUUGACAGCUAAACCACCAAACCUGACAACCACACUGCCCGAGGUGACAGCUAAGCCAGUAAAGGGGACAACCACGCUGCCACAGAUGACAAGUGCCCCACCAAAGCUGACAGCCACACUGCCACAGAUGACAACCAAACCACCAAAAGUGACAACCAGACUGCCAGAGGUGACAGCUAAAGCAGUAAAGCUGACAAGCACACUGCCACAAAUGACAAGUGCCUCAUCAAAGAUGACAACCCCACUGACACAGGUCACAACCACACGACCCCAAGUGACAACCAAACCACCAAAAAUUACAACUACAAUGCCACAAGUGACAACCAAACCACCAAAGGUGACAACCACUCUGCAGAUGACAACUACUAGUACACCUCCAAAGCUGACACUGCCACAGGUUACAACCACUCUGCUAGAGAUGACAACCAAACCACCAAAGGUGACAACCACACUGCCACAGGUGACAACCAAACCACCAAAGCUGACAACGAAACCACCAAAGCUGACAACCACUCUGCCACAGAUGACAACUACACUGCAGUGUUCAAAGCUGACACCACCAGCAAAUGGAUCCAUGAUGACUGGCUCCAAAUCCUACAGAAAGGUGGUUUACUUCAGGUGUAACCCAGGGUACAAGCUGGUCGGCUAUUCUAGAGUCAUCUGCCUGUCUGGGACUUGGAGUGGAAGGUCUCCAACUUGCAUGAAAGCUGUACGAUGUCCCAAGCUGACAGCUCCAGCAAACGGUACUAUGACCGGCUCUAACGGCUUCUACAGUAAAAGGCUUCGCUUCAGGUGUAACCCGGGAUACAAACGGGUCGGCCAUUCUUUAGUCAGCUGUCAGGGUGACGGGACUUGGACUGGAAAGCCACCAACUUGCAAAGCUGUCCAAUGCUUGGAACCUACACCUCCAAUGAACGGUGGUAAGCAAGGCUCCCGUAACUUCCAGGGAGUGAUGCGCUUUAGAUGUAACCGUGGAUACAAUCUUGUAGGUGCUACAACCAUCACUUGCCAGGCUGACGGUACAUGGAGAGGCAGUGUCCCUACUUGUGAAGCUGUACAAUGCUUAAAACCAACACCUCCAAUGUACAGUCAUAUGGAAGGCUCCAUUUUGUACAAGGGAGUGAUGCGCUUCAGCUGUAAACGCGGAUACAAUCUUGUAGGUGCUUCAAGCAUCACUUGCGAGGCUGAUGGUACAUGGAGUGACAGUGUGCCUACUUGUGAAGCUGUCCAAUGCUUGGAACCAAAGCGUCCAAUGAAUGGUUUUAAGCAACACUCCAGAAACGCCCAGGGAGUGUUUAUCUUCGGAUGUGACCGCGGGUACAAUCUUGUGGGUGCUACGUACAUCACAUGCCAGGCUGACGGUACAUGGAGUGGCAGUGUCCCAACUUGUGAAGCUGUACAAUGCUCAAAACCAACGCCUCCAAUGAAUGGUCAUAUGGAAGGCUCCAGUAACUUCCAGGGUGUGAUGCACUUUAGAUGUGACCGCGGGUACAAUCUUGUAGGUGCUACAACCAUCACAUGCCAGGCUGAUGGUACAUGGAGUGGCAGUGUGUCCGCUUGUGAAGCUGUACAAUGCCCUGAGCCGAGGCCUCCAAUGAACGGUCAUAAGGACGGCUCCCGUAACUACCAGGGAGUGAUGCUCUUCAGAUGUGACCGUGGGUACAAUCUUGUAGGUGCUUCAAGCAUCACUUGCGAGGCUGAC